CGCAUCCCUGCGCCCGCUUCGUCUCCCUCCGCCGCUGUCGGGGCCUAAGUGGGGAGCGGCUGGCACAGCGUCACCGGGAGGUCCGGGGAGGAAGUGGGCGGAGGGAGACGACCGCGGGGCCUUGAGCUCAGGCAGAGAGGCUCCGGUGAACGCCUAACGGGGACGGGGUGGGGUCCGCGGCCCGGGGCGGCGGCGGAGAAGACCGGAGCAGGAUGGCGGCUUCGGCCCUGUACGCCUGCACCAAGUGUACCCAGCGCUACCCCUUCGAGGAGCUCUCCCAGGGCCAGCAGCUCUGCAAGGAAUGUCGGAUCGCACAUCCUAUUGUAAAAUGUACUUACUGCAGAUCAGAAUUUCAACAAGAGAGCAAAACUAACACAAUUUGUAAGAAGUGUGCUCAGAAUGUCAAGCAAUUUGGGACACCCAAACCUUGUCAGUACUGUAACAUAAUUGCAGCAUUUAUUGGUACCAAGUGCCAGCGUUGCACAAAUUCAGAAAAAAAGUAUGGACCACCUCAGACCUGUGAACAGUGCAAACAACAAUGUGCUUUUGAUCGGAAAGAGGAAGGAAGAAGAAAAGUUGAUGGAAAGUUGUUAUGCUGGCUUUGUACUUUAUCAUACAAGAGAGUUUUACAGAAGACAAAAGAACAAAGGAAGAGUUUGGGAUCUUCACAUUCAAAUUCUUCAUCUUCAUCUCUUACUGAGAAAGACCAGCAUCAUUCAAAACACCACCACCACCACCACCAUCAUCACCAUCGUCACAGCAGUAGCCAUCACAAAAUCAGCAAUCUAAGUCCAGAACAAGAGCAAGGACUGUGGAAACAGAGCCAUAAAUCCUCUGCAGCAAUUCAGAAUGAAACUCCAAAGAAAAAACCCAAAUUGGAAUCUAAGCCAUCUAAUGGAGAUAGUAGCUCUAUAAAUCAGUCAGCAGAUAGUGGGGGAACAGACAAUUUUGUCCUAAUAAGUCAACUGAAAGAAGAAGUGAUGUCACUUAAGCGUCUCUUGCAGCAAAGAGACCAGACCAUUUUAGAAAAAGAUAAAAAGUUAACUGAACUAAAGGCAGACUUUCAGUACCAAGAGUCAAAUUUGAGAACAAAGAUGAACAGUAUGGAAAAAGCUCACAAAGAAACUGUGGAACAACUUCAGGCCAAAAACAGAGAACUACUCAAACAGGUUGCAGCAUUGUCAAAGGGUAAAAAGUUUGACAAAAGUGGAAGCAUACUAACAUCUCCUUGAAAAAGUAAUUUAUUUAGUGUUCAUGCUUACAGUGUAAAUUUGGGGGACAAUAAUCUGUGAAACCCUUAAAUUCUGUGUAGUGGAAAAAUAUUUUUACACACCACAUGACUUGGUGUGUUUCUUAUUCACUUUUGUAACUGAUAUACAUUUUUUAAGUUGUAAAACAUUCAGAUAAAACUUCAACUGGUUUGGAGUAACUUUUUAAUUAUUUGAUAUCCAGAAACGUUUUUGCCAGCAAUAGUAGUUAACACUUGUAAAGGAGUGCAUGAGUAGUACUCCUUAUAAAAUGCAACUUGCAAUAAUGGAGUAGGUGUGGUUUAAAGAAUUCAGAGCAGCAGGGGUUUUGUUUUAUUUUAACACUAUGCUACUUUCAAAUAGUUUUCAAUUUAGAAAUUGAACUUUUAAACAUGGAAAAUGGUGAACACUGGCUUUUGGUAGUUGUAUUUUUACUUCACAUAAACACGAAUUUAGGUGAAAAUCAUGGUGCUUUUUAUUAAAAGAACAACUUUAGAGUAUAUGUAAAUACGCUUUUAAAAGUUACAUCACUAACAUUAGUUUAGUAACCUAACAUUUUCAUUAUUGUUAUUGGAAUUCAUGUUUAAUGUACAGUAUCCAAGGUAAAAUGUGUUUCUGUUUUGUAAAAACUGUAGAUUUUUACUUACAAGUGCCUUUUUGCCACCUAAUGUUUUUAUUUAUAGGAAUGCUGAUCUUUUUGUACAUAGUUUGUUUAAAAUCAUGUUAAUAAAUGUUUGUAUAUAAGUGUGUAUGUACAGGAGCCUAUUUCAAAAGAAUUCGAAAUUGUUAGUAACAUGCCUAAAGUUGCAUAUUAACUGAUAAUGCAUAUAGACUUUAGAUGAAUUUUGGCUUUUUUCUCUGUGAUAAGGGAUGCCAUUCAUGGAAUUCACUUAAUUAUGUUGAAAUACUUUCCAAAAAAAUUUAACUUUAACUUGUUCUGAUAGAAAAAUUUUAUUUCUUAUGUUAUAUGGCUUCAUUUUUA